CACGAUCCUUGUAAGUCGAUAGAGUUGCCAAGCUCUCUCGGCUUCACCGAUGCGCGAUGCGAAUAAACCACCAAAUCUGACUCUCCCGCCGCCGCCAUUUCCGUGGCCUACGCUCCGCUGUGUCCUCUUUUGGGGACUGGGUUCAUCACGGGGUCCUCCAUUCGGAAUUGAGGGCCAAGUCUCUGCACCUGAUUGCUUGCAUCAUGACCAAACAUGGCCCUGGCUCAGAGAACGGCCCCCACUGGACAAGCGAGACACCACCAGCACUCUCAAGUUCACCAUCCUUCGGAACAUUGAUGCUACCUAAUCUCCAAGAUCUUUGGCUGUUGCUUUUUUGGUAACUCGGGGCUUUUGGCUGAAAGCCCACCUAUCCCGCUACAGAAUGUGUGAUUGAACCUUGAGUGAAUCAACAUGUGCUUACACGAGUGACCCAGUUCGAAUUCAGAUCACCAUUCUCCCACCUACAAUGCGCAGCAUCCUUCCCUCGCCAGUUUUGGUAGUUUUAUACCAUCAUCGAUAUGUCGUAUUGCUCGUGUUGUUGAACUGAGUCUUGGCGUCGCUUCAAUCCUGGCUCCUGUCUUCUAAUUCAUAUCUCUCAGUAGCCUUGCUCAGGUACCUUGUCCCUCAGUAUACCCAUAUUUACGAAGUACUGUAAUAGGGCUCGUACCAACCAUCCGCAAGGAACAAUAAUGUUGUACAAUGAAAUUUCUGGGCAAUUGGGUCCUACCGAGGCAUUGACGCUGAUCAAUGCUUGUCCUUGGGGACAUCCAACAGUCCGAGAGCUGUCAAACUAGACAAGAUAGCCAUAGCUUUUGGGUUAACGAGGCUGCCGUUAUGCCGUCUAUUGUCUCACAGACUGAACGCCAGAAAUCAAGGACAGGCUUUGUCGAUCACCCACAACCGCCGUAUUAUACUGGAUCGUCCUGGCGUCUAAUGGGCCUCGCUCCACGGUAUCACAUACAUAUCCACUUCACUGUCGGACCGUAUCAUAUCAUGAAAGACAUCAUAGACCUUCAGUAUCCGAUGGACGAUCUUCAGGAUCACCAACAGGUACCACCGUAAUGCUUCCGCGUUUAGUUGCUAUCGAAACUGGUAGGCUAUCAUUGUCUCCUAGCGCUCCAAUCUCAUCCUGCAUCUCAUCUCCCAACAGAAUCCUCUCCUAGGGGUUGUAUAGGCAAUGGGAUACCCCCACCGAGCUCGAUUGCCCGUCACUCGGCGAGGGAAUCAUUUUCCAGCGCAGAAAGGCGUCCUCAAGACACUGACAACGCAAACAAACUCCACCGUCCUGCAUGGCCCGUGUGGGGGCCUAGUGUCCGUUGCGUGAAACACUCAGAGAUACCGGUAGAGGUUGAAGCGCUUGAACUUGUUCUCCUUCGCCAGUAAACUAGCAGUGGUCUAGGCAUUAAUCUCUCCAAGGGAUAGCCUUGUAAAAGCGAGGACGCGGAGGCAGUUUGGUUCCAAACUUCCAACUGUGGUAGCCUUACGCGAGCGCCACCAGUCUAACACACAGACUAGGUCGAUACUAACGACCGGUAAAUAACGCGAUCACGGCCUAGAACAAGGAGAAAAAUGGAAGAAACAACGGCAGUUUUUUACAUGGAUCAAAGUACACAGGUACUGACGUUGAGCCGCCGUUGUCGCUCGAUAUUGAGGGCAUAUCGCGGUCCAGAUUCGUUAAAGACACUGCUUCUCUAGGAUGGUGGCCAUAACCUCGGAAUAUUGAAAUUGGCUUAAUUGAUGCAGGUGAGCAUCGAUGUCACUCUACCUUUAUCAUUAUUCGCAGUCUAGACUUUAGGGACGGCACUUGGUGCCAGCAGCCUGGACGCCAUUCAGCCACAUCCAGACUGUCGGACUGAGUUGUUGAAGCUAAAAGUGCUCAUGAUGGGCCACUUGUGAAUCAAUGACCCGGCUAUUUGGUUACUGGGAGAUGUACGAAGCUACUGUACGAGGCCAUGAACUUUCCAUCAUUCUGCUGUUGCACAACGUAUGAUGUUGAAAUCGGCGGUGUUGGUUCAUGUUGUUGAUUCAAGUUCAGUUGUCGUCAAAGCACAAUUAAUAAUACGCACAUCUUAUAGGCACCACGAGACAUACAGCUUGAUCCUGGGGUAUAGCAGAGACCUGUUAAGGUGCUGGAUCCCAGUACGCGGGGCAUUGGCUGAGAUGUUGAGAACCCAAUCUCAAUGUGACGUGCAGACUAUUUUGGCGAGAACAGAUUCCCGUCUGAGAUGGCGAGUGUAGCGCGGGAGGACGACAAUCCAGAUGCUGGGAAGUUCCCUGCGGACUCUUAGCAUUGGCUAGGUUCACACGUCGCAAAGUCAAAGAGGCGUGCGAAUCGAUGGAAGCCAAUAUUCCCGUGGUUUCACAUCGUCACAUUAAUAGAAUGCAAAAGUGAGUGACCCGACACAAUGGAUUGAUGCGCGCCUUGCCGCUUGUGAGCCGCCCCCCUGUCAAUAUUGGACAUGGACUGGACUAUACUGGACUGGACUGGAUAGGACAAGGCUUGAGAUGCCCUAUGCCCUCGCCCCUCGAGGAUCUUGGGCCACGUGUGGGAGUCGUGAUUGAAACUGGCAGGGGGAUGAAUAAGAGGGGGGAGAGGGAAACAAGAGAGAGAGGCGCGUUAAUAAACCCUGCUUUGCCCUGUCCCGUCUUGCCCUUGAACCUGGCCCUGUCGUUGAGAGUCCCCGACGCCGACGCUUUUCGGGAGUGUUCAGAAGGCAAUACAAUACAGCUGCAAUGUAUCCUGCAUAGUCCGAUGUAAUUCAUCAUGAUGUUACUCUGAUCCU